UUAAAGCCUCCCAUGUCUAACGCAAGAAAAGAAGUCAUCAUGCAAGCCUUUCGAAAGCUAGACAAGACCGGGGAUGGGAUUGUCACCAUUGAAGAUUUACGAGGAGUCUACAAUGCAAAACACCACCCCAAGUACCAGAACGGGGAAUGGUCUGAAGAGCAAGUUUUCAGGCUGUUUCUGGAUAACUUCGAUUCGCCUUAUGAUAAAGACGGACAGGUUACACCAGAAGAAUUUAUGAACUAUUACGCAGGUGUCAGCGCUUCAAUAGACACAGAUGUCUACUUCAUUGUGAUGAUGAAGAACGCUUGGAAAAUCUGAUGUUGUUAUUGUAAUGCAAAGUGCUGCUGCUGCUGCUGCUGUCAUUGUAAGCAUCUCCUAAGCCUCAUCAUAUACAGGACAGCGCUGCUGUAUUCAGAGCAGUAACCAGCUGCACCAUUCCUAGGAGUGAAUUAGAAGAAGCAAUAGCCAAAAUUAUCACCGCGCCUAUUAUUUUGGGAAGACUGAUCUCACUGAGGAACUGUGCUUUUUGUUUCAGCAAACAGGGAUUCCUAAUGUAACAAAUGUGAACAGGGGAAAGGAGGACAGAAGUACUGCUUGAAUCAGGGAUGACAAGCCCUUCCUCCACCUGCUGCUUUUCCUCAACUCCUUUCCCUGCCCCCAGUUUCCUAGCCUCAUUACUACCCCCUCAGUCAGGCUCUGAGAUCAGUAAUAAGAGGGGGAAACAAUAUCUGGGGAGGGGUUGCCGGAAGAAAAGUGGUGGGUGGGCAAGCAUCACCCCUGAAAUUCCUCCCUGUACAUUAUUCAGCAAACACGAGGUUGGGAAUGCUGGGUUGCAUCCAGUGAUGGUUUUGCCUUAGCGCAGGGGCGAGGAAGCGCUUCACACUCCCCAGGGCCACACUCCCUUCUGGCCAACCUUCCAGGGGGGCCACAUGGCAGUGGUGGGUGGAGCCAGAGGCAAAAGUGGGUGGAGCAACAAGUGAAGAAGUUACCUUUGUAUGCAGCAGGCUAGAGUCUGCACACACACCCACACAACCCUCUUUAUCCUCUAGUCUAGUACUCUUUAUCCUUGGUUUUCAUAUAAUUUUUGUUUUCAGGUAAGCUGGAGAUGGUCAUUGAAUGGGUGCCAGAAGUUGAGCCAGGGGUAGGAACCAAACCAGGGGUGCUGAGCUAAUGGUUUGGGACCAGGAAACAAGCAGAGAGCAAUGAAAGACCUAUCAUUUCCUAAGCAAAGUUCUAGCCUUAACAUGAAAUCUUUAUAGCCUUUCUUGUAGAGGAUAGUCAGUGGCUGGCCUGGGAGAACAUGGAGUUAUACCAGGGGUAGGCAACCUAAGGCCUGGGGGCCAGAUGCAGCCCACUCGCUUUCUCAAUCUGGCCCACGGACAG